CUCUCCUUCCACCACUUCCGCCCUCGAGACAUUGCUCACCCUGGGUUGGUAGAACCGGGCCGGCGCAUGCGCACUGAGACGAUCUCGGUCCAAAUCGCCUUCAAAAUUGUUUAAAAGGCAAAUUCUAAGAAUGAGAUCUAAGAGUCAUAGUGACCGGUUCAGCAAAAACGCAAUUUUGAGGCCGAAUUCGAUUGUGACGCAGUUGAAAUUGGCUUCUGCCCACAGCCCCCCUUCCACGCUUCCGUCCUGACGCAAGUGCGCGGCCUCGCCCCGCACUGCGGGCUUGUCCUUGCCCCUACCCUAGUCAGUUUCCUGGAGCAUGCGCAGUCGCCCUUCGGGCCAUUCGUGCUUUGGGAGUACGUCAAGAUGGCGGCCUCCAUAUUGAAUACGCUUCUGAGGCGCGUCCCUAGCCUUUCGCCCUUCAGAGGCGUCUACGGAGUUCAGGUUCUCCGCCAGACUCUUUGCACCGAAGCUCCCCGUGAGGAAGAUUCUGUGUCCCCGGUUCCCAUUUCCCCUUACCAGAAUGAACCCUGGAAAUAUCUGGACUCAGAAGAAUACCAGAACCGCUAUGGUUCUCGCCCGGUCUGGGCUGACUACCGCCGCAAUCACAAAGGUGGAAUACCGCCACAGCGGACACGAAAGACAUGCAUUCGUGGAAAUAAAGUUGCUGGGAAUCCCUGCCCUAUCUGCCGGGAUCACAAGCUGCAUGUCGACUUUAGGAAUGUGAAGCUCUUGGAACAGUUUGUCUGUGCCCACACGGGCAUCAUCUUCCAUGCUCCAUACACAGGGGUCUGUAUGAAGCAGCACAAGAUGUUGACCCAGGCCAUCCAGAAAGCCAGGGAUCAUGGUCUCCUCAAAUACCACAUUCCUCUGGUUGAACCCCGGGACCUUGACUUCAGUACCUCUCAUGGAGCUGUGAGUGCUACUCCACCAGCCCCCACCCUGAUUUCAGGUGACCCCUGGUACCCAUGGUACAGCUGGAAACAGCCACCAGAGAGAGAGCUGUCCCGCCUUCGCCGGCUCUAUCAGGGCCAUCUCCGAGAAGAGAGUGGCCCGCCACCUGAGUCAAUGCCUGAGGUGCCCCUCACAACCCCAGCUGAAGCCUCCUCCACUGAGCAGGCGGGCCCCCAGAGUGCUCUAUAGGAGCUGUAGGCUGGGAAGGGAGUCUGAGGGAUUAGGAUAUAGUGCCUAGGAAUUACAUGAUGAGAUUUCACUCUGAAGAGUUGUGUCUAUUUUGUGGCCAAUGGCAGGCCCGGGGCCAGAGAAGGGAAAUGAUUGUUGUUGAAGGGGAUAAAUGCAUCUGAGGCUGAGGGAAGGCAGUACAGAUGUGCAUGAGAAACCCCAACCCCUGUAUAUUGUAAAUAGAUGGGCAAAACAUUCUGUUGUCUGCCGUCUCUGCUUUUCCACAAUAAAGCUGUAUCUCCUGUCUCUGGGUUGA